AUGACGCCCGUGGAUAUGGGUAACAAAGAACAGUACCCGGAGUUUGCGUGUCUGCCGGAGCAGUCGAUUCAAGGAUACGACCUAAUAUACCACCGGCUUCACUACACGGAACCCUCAAAGUACUUCUUCGAACCUGGCUGUAAGCUGCUCUUCAUGACAGUUGAUGCGUGUUUAAACAAGCGCGGUCCUAAACCAGGGCACAUCUUCCUCUUCGACAUGCAAGGAGUCAAGUUGGGGCAUCUCACGCGAGUCAGCUUAUCGUCGCUCCGUAAGUUCUUCCAGUACGUUCAAGAGGCGAUGCCGGUGCGAAUGCGUGAGAUCCACGUGUUCAACACUGAACCCAUCGUGGACAAGCUCCUGUUGCUCAUCAGGCCUUUCAUGGACAAGAAGUUCUUUGAUAUGAUUAAGUUCCACCACAAAAACGCCGAUCUAGAGAACUUUUAUAGCACUGUAGCACCUAGAUCAACAUUACCCCCAGACCACGGAGGCACUCUACCAGAUACUCAGACACUGCACAAGAAAUGUAUGCAGAACUUAAAAACUCUAGAACCAUACUUCAGAUCAGAAGAAGAACAGAGAAUAAACGCUUUGCCGGAUAAAAAGCGGGAGAAGGCUAUGGAGAGGGCUUUUAAGAAUUUAGAAAUUGAUUAA